CAUUGACAAAUAGCGUGAAACCAAGUGGUCCCAAAGCUGACCUGAGACGAACACCACAAGUCAUCGGCAGCCAACCAGUAAAGGCCCCCUUUAUUCCCACACUUUGCCUCCAGCCAGUCAGCCAAUCUUCUAUGCAGGAAGAGAAUUUCUGCCCUUAAUCCGAGGGGAAAGUCUCAGCAAGGAGUUUUGACCUUCCAGUCCUCUGGGACCAUGGGAACAUCAGGCACAGCACCAAACAUGUGAGGGAUCUCUCCAACCUCAACCGAAUGCAGGAAGUGCUCUUUUAGUAGAGCCAUGGAUGAUGACAGUGUCCAAUCUCCUUGUCUGUCAGUGUUCGUGGGUAACUUAAAUCCGGAUUACUCCAAGGAGCAGCUGAGCUACAAACUGAAAGAUUUAUUUGCUUCGGUUGGCACCGUCCUGCAGAGACAUGACAUCGAGGUCUUCAAGAAGCACAAGCGAGCCCAUGCGUAUAUACGGCUGAAAAAGGACAGUGAAGUUCAAAAGGUCUUGCAAGAACUACAAGAUCCUGGUAUUUUGGAGGUGAAUGACAUGAAGGGGUUAGUAGUUAAAGGAAAGAUGCUAAAAGUAGCCAAGGAUAUCCGUGAAUUUUCAGAGCACACCUCCGACAAGAGCAGUUCUGCCGAUCCAUUGAGACAGGAAUCCCAGAGUCAACAGCAAAAGGACAAGAGGAGACUAGAUCAAACUCAGGAGACAUCUGGAGGCCCCUCAGGAAAAUCCAUGCAGCUGCCAAGCAAGAUCAUCGACCAUUUAGCAACACCUCUGACUGGGACAAAGUCCGACAGCGCUAUAAUGGGUGGGGAGAUCUCCGGGCAGGAGCGUUUGUUUUAUGGCACGCUGAUGGGGAGUGAAACGAGGAAUGUUGAAUUCAAGCGAGGGGGCGGAGAGUACCUGAACGUGACCCUGAAGAACCACGUUAGGAAAUACAUCUGUGCCUUCCUCAACAGCGAGGGGGGUAGCCUGUUCGUGGGCGUGAACGACGACGGCACCGUCUGCGGGGUGGAGUGCAGCCACAAGGACGAAGAUCGGGUUAGACUGCUGAUAGAUUCGAUCCUGAAAGGCUUCAAACCGCCGCUCUUCCCAACUUCCUAUUCCAUCAGCUUCCUCCCGGUUAUCAAGGACGGGGACACUGGGCUCUUUCUGAAGGUCGUGAGACUGACCGUUCACCCACCCUGUAAGGACGGCGAUAUUUUUCUGUACGAGACUGACCAGGGUGAAGUGUACAUACGCAGGGAUGGCAGCGUCCAAGGUCCACUGUCAGGAAGUUCCAUACAGGAGUGGUGCAGACAGAAAUGGACAGCCGAAGUAAAGAAGCUGCAGGAUAUCAUUGACACCUUGGUUAAGGAAGAAUACCAGCUUCAGGAAGAGCUUCGCCAGCGGCAGCAGAACCUCCAGGAGCUGCAGGAGUUCAACUCGGACAGGGCGGCCGUGUCGAAUCUCUGCUGCGUCAUCUGACGGCCAAACUGGUCACCGGGGCUGGCCCGGCGGAGGCCGGCUGCCCAUCCCCGGCUGGAAAAUUCCGCCAGAGUCCCCGGUCACAGAGACAGCCGCUUGCAAGCAAUGGAUUAAUAAAAGCUCUGCUGCAGACUUGAAAUUCUCACUAGGCCUUGAGGGAUUAGAUUGAACAUUACAGUUUCUUUAGCCCAGAGUUCUGUGCCAACCUUUGGACCUACUCCAAGAUCAAUCUUGCUUUUCCCUCCUACAUAGCUCUCCAUUUUCUGUUAUCUAUGCGCCUACCCCAGAGUUUCUUGAAUGCCUUUAAUGUAUCUGGCUCUAAAGUUCAAAGUUCAAAGCCAACUUAUUAUCAAAAUACGUAUAUGUCACCAAAUACAGCCCUGAGAUUAAUUUUCUACCACCACCCCGGCUCGAUAGACCGCCACGCGUUCCACGCACUCACUACUUUCUGUGUAAAAUAACGUACCUCUUCAUUAACGUGGUGGAAAUGUGGCAAACAGGAACAUGAUGAUGUGUGGCUCCUCAGAUCUCUGUCCUUCAGUAAAGUAAGGCUGAUCCUGUGGCCUUGUGUCCGUGCCCUGGCCUAAUCCCCAUGUCACUGUCUCUGUUGGCUCCCAGACAGCCACGUGGCCGAAAGAAAAAGUGGACAACUGCAGCGCAUAGGAGGGAAGGGUUAGCUUGAUCUUAGAGCAAGUUAAAAGGUCGGCACAUUGUGAGCGGAAAGGUCUGUACUGUGCUGUAAUGUUCUACAGCACAGGAACAGGCCAUUAGGCCCACAGUGUUGUGCCAAACCAGCUAAGUAAGUCAAAGAUAUCCAAACACUAAUCCCUGCUACCUACACCAUGUCCAUAUCCCUCCAUCUUCCUCACAUCCAUGUGCCUACCAAAUCGUCUCUUAAAAGCCUCCAAUGUAUUUGCCUCAUCACUGUACCAGGCAGCACAUCCCAGGC